AAAUUCUAUUGUGAGUUUUUUAUUUUUUUAAAAAUAAAGCUUUAGUUUUCGUAUAUAGUUCUCUUGGUGGAGGAAUGCUUGUCACCUACUCCUUUUUAGCUUCCACUCUCUCUCAACUUCUUUAAAAAAAAAAAACUCAUUCAAGAAAUUAAAUUAAUUCCAGUUCUUAGUUUUUAAGUGUUAAUGGAGAGACAUAAAUGUAAACUCUGCUUCAAGAAUUUCUCUAAUGGUAGAGCUUUAGGUGGGCACAUGAGGUCUCAUAUGUUUAAUCUUCCGGUUACUGAAAAACAUGUUGGAGAAGAAGAUGAUCAUGGUCCUCAUCAUAAUCAUAAUCCACCGGUUCAACUCAGUGAACAUACUGAGUCAGCUUCGUCUUCUUCUUCGUCUUCGGGUGAAGAAGAAGACGAUGAAAAAGGCGUUUGUUACGGUUUAAGAGAGAAUCCGAAGAGAAGUGUUCGGUUAGUAGAUCGUGAGUUCGCCUUUCCUGUUGAUGCUUCUUCUGUUGUUCUUCAAGAUAGAGAGAGCGAAACUGAGUCGUCCAAGAAUCCAACUCGGAGACGAUCUAAACGGACAAGAAAGUUGCUAGAAUAUCAUCAAUAUCAUCUUCAUCAAGACAGCAACAUAAACAGCAGUAACAACAUAAAAAAGCUCAAGUUUAACAGCAAGUUUGUUAGUAGUUAUAAGAUUACAGAGCCAUGGAUUGAGCCGGAACCAGUAAGUUCAAUCUCCGACGCGACUACAGAAGAAGACGUAGCUUUCUGUCUUAUGAUGCUAUCGCGAGAUAAGUGGAAAAGGAAGGAGAAACAGAACUACCAUCUGCAACUCGACGAAGAAGACGAAGAUGAUGAAGAAGACGAAGAAGAAACAGAAAAGUCCAUUGAUCAAGAAACAGAUGAAUCGGACGAGUUCAAGUCGUGUAAGACACGAGUUAGAGGAAAAUACAGGUGUGAAACAUGCAAUAAAGUAUUUAAAUCGUAUCAAGCAUUAGGAGGACACAGGGCGAGUCACAAGAAACUUAAACUUAACACACCAAAUCAAGAAACAGAGUUAAAAACAGUGAAUUACAAUGCAGUAACUUCGAGCUCUACAGCAGUAAAAAAAAUACAUCAAUGUCCGUAUUGUUUAAGAGUAUUUUCAUCCGGACAAGCAUUAGGUGGACACAAGAGAUCGCAUGUAAUAACUGGUUCAACUACUGUAAUAAGAAAUUCGGCAGCAAGAACAGCAAAAAAUGAAGAUAAUUUGAGUUUAAUAGAUCUUAAUCUCCCUGCUCCAGUUGAUGAGGAUGAUCUUAGUCAAGUAUCUGAUGCAGAAUUUGUCAACCACAUCAAGAGGUGACUGGUGAGUGUUCUUUAUUUUUAAUUUACUGUUCUAAUGAUCUUCUAAAAGAAGAUUCGAUCCAAAAGUAAAAAGUUUUUUUUUGCUUUUGCGUUUUGGGAUCUAAAAUCAAGCGAAUUUGUUAAAUUUUAAUUUUAAUAUAUGUUUUGUUAUAUUAAUCCAAA